AUGCCAGAACUACCGCAGUGGUACUUUGGAUACGGCUCCAACAUGGUGUCCGAUGUCUUCACCAAAAGACGCCAAAUACAGCCUCUGAAGUCGGAAGUCGCAGUCAUUGAAAGCCAUACACUCUGUUUCGAUGUUAUGGGUGUUCCGUACACGGAUCCUGCCAUGGGAGGGAUUCGCCUGGCUACAGCACAGGACGUUCCAGUAUACGGUGUUGCGUACCUUUUGAGCCCGGACGACAUGCGACGAGUGAUCAUAACCGAAGGAGGUGGCAUCGCGUACAAGACCGCUGUUCUUACAGCUACGUUGCAGCGCGAUUCGACCAGAAUUUCGGUGAUAACGCUCAUAGCACGACACCAGAUCGCCUCGAGCUAUGAAAGAAUGCCCUCUGAGCGAUACAUGGGUCUCUUGAUCCAAGGUGCGAAAGAGAAGUCGUUGCCCGAGUUUUAUCAAAAGAGACUUGCGUCUCAGCCCACGUUCAAAGCCGUCCCAAAUCCCCGCUUUCGUAUCGGAAAAUGGCUUUUUGACAGCUUCUGGCAGCGUGUGGCAUUCUAUAUCCAGAAGGGGGUCCAUCAUUUCAACGACGAAAAUGGAAACGUGCCGGGGUGGUUCUUGAAUGUGUUUGAUGGGUGA